GUUGGUCAACUCCAGUCCGAGCCUCGUUGUGAGACUCCACCCAUUUACGAGCAUCGGACACCUUCAGCAGCACAACAAAGCAUGUGUCGCUCCGCAACAUUGUUUCUCCUCUGAACGUGCGGAAUAUAGGAUUUAUCGGAUUUUAAAGCAGGUUUCCUUCCCAUUGAUGAAAAUCCUAGAUGGCUACCAUGACAACAGAGGCGAGUGCGGUGAGCGAGGCGGACACUGAGGGCAAGCAGAAGGCCAGCGGCGCUGAGCCAGAGCCUGAACCCGAGCCAGAGAACAAGCAGAAACCAGAGGCGGCGGCGUCCGAGCCGGAGGGGGAGUCUUCGAGCAAGAAGGCCCAGGAGCAGUCCUCUGAGCCUGGGCCUGCUGAUGUAGCUACUUCCACUGAGGAGGAGCAGCUCAAGCCUCGUACCCGCACCUCCGCUGGCAAAGGACUGUCUCGCCUCUUCUCCUCUUUCCUCAAACGGCGCUCACAGUGCUCCGAGGGAGAGGGGUUUGAAGCAGAGAAAGUAAGGGAGGACAAGGCAGACAAGGAGGAGAAAGCUGAAAAGACCGAGGAGGAAAAGGAGGAAGAAGUGAAGAGUGAAGAGAAGGAAGCUAAAGCAGAAGAGGAGAAACCAGAGGAGAAAACAGAGUGUGGACAGCUUGCUCAGCGAAAGUAA